CCCUUUCGGCCCCUACUCCCCUCAGGAACUCAGAGUUCCGGCCCUCCUCCCAAAUCCCAGCUACCCCCUCCCCCAUCGGUUUCUCCCCUCCAGGGUAUGGAGGCUGAGAGACCCCAGGAAGAAGAGGAUGGUGAGCAGGGCCCCCAUCAGGAUGAGCAUGGCUGGCCCCCCGCGAGCUCCAGCACUCGGCCUUGGAGGUCUGCCCCUCCGUCCCCUCCUCCUCCAGGGACUCGCCCUACAGCCCUGGGGCCCCGCUCGGCCUCCCUGCUCUCCCUGCAGACCGAGCUCCUUCUGGACCUGGUAGCAGAGGCCCAGUCCCGCCGCCUAGAGGAGCAGAGAGCCACCUUCCAUCCCCCCAAGAACCCCCCAAGCCUAGGUCGAGCCCUGCCCCGGCCUCUUGAGGACAGAGAACAGCUCUACAGCACCAUCAUCAGUCACCAGUGCCAGCGGAUGGAAGCCCAGCGGUCAGAGCCUCCUCUACCCCCAGGGGGGCAGGAGCUCUUGGAGUUGCUGCUGAGAGUUCAGGGUGGGGGUCGAAUGGAGGAGCAAAGGUCCCGGCCCCCCACACACACCUGCUGAGACUUGAGCCCCCACCACCCCCUCUGCAUUCCUGGGCCUUAAAAGCUGGGCAGCGCCACUCAUGCCCUCACCCCUGCUGGGGAGGAGCACCAGAGACUGGAAGACCCAGCAGAAAUCUCAAUAUUCAUCACCCUCAUCCACCUUUCCUGGGAAGUGGAGCGGGCGAAAGUCUCAAAGCCUAGGAAUAGCCAAGGUAGGAUGGAUAAUAACUCCUGCCAUAACCAAGUGUGUUAUGAGGCUAUGAGAGGAUCCCAGCCUCAGUGGGACACCUCACCCUCUCUUCUGAUCUCGGAGUGCCUGAGAGUCUCCGUCCUGAGCUGUGGGGACAACCCCAGUAGUCAAGCUACCAGGUGGGAUCUCAGGGUUCUGUCCUCCAUCUCCCAAAAGAACGGCAAAUCUCCCAAGGUUUUGACCUGGGAAUUCCACCCUCCUUCCCAAUAAGAAGAAAGGAAGAGAGGGCACGGCAAGACAUAAAGACCAUUCUCACAUCUCCAUCACCCGCACCCCCAAGCCCCAGGCCUACAGGCUGUGAAAGGACAUUUAGCCCUGCCCACCCUCCCUCCCCACUGCUGUUCUGAACUGUCUGAUGUUUGGUUAUAUGAAUAAAUGUGA